AAAUCCCUUGCCCAUCUCGCACUAAACUGAAUAUUCUUCUUGUUAAUAUCAACCCCUUUUUUAUCUUCAUAUAUUUAUCUUCAAGGUCAAUCGACACAUCUUUGAAAACACUGCAAUGGGGAAUUGUCUUACAUCCUCUUCUUCGUCAGAUGUCUCCAAGAAGAAGAAGGCUUUGCCAAUAGAAACUGCUUUCAGGCUUCCAUCUCCCUUACCAACAUGGCCUCCAGGCGAAGGGUUUGCGAGUGGAAGUAUUGAUCUUGGUGGAAUACAUGUGUGCCAGUGCGGGAUAUCAUCAUCUUCCACAAAAGUAUGGGCGACUCACGAAGGGGGACCAGGAAAUCUUGGGGCCUCAUUUUUUGAACCAUCAUCAAUACCAGAUGGGUACUACAUGCUAGGCUGCUAUGGGCAGCCCAACAAUAGGUUGCUUUCUGGGUGGGUUCUUGCAGCGAAAGAUGACAGUAGUGAUGAUUCUUUACUAAAACAACCCAUCGAUUACACCCUUGUCUGGAGCAGUGAGUCUUUGAAAAUCAAGCAAGAUGGCAACGGUUAUAUUUGGUUGCCUAUUGCUCCACAAGGAUACAAGGCUGUUGGCCAUGUUAUCACCAACACCAAAGACAAGCCUUCCCCGCAGAAAAUACGUUGCGUCCGGUCUGAUUUUACCGAUGAAACUGAGAAUGAUACAUGGAUAUGGGGACCUGGUAAAGAAGUGGAUGCAAAAGGGAUCAACUUUUUCAGUUCAAGGCCCAUAAAUAGAGGAACCCAACAUAUGGGAGUUUGUGUAGGAACAUUUGUCGCCCAAAAUCCUCCUCUACCAUGUUUGAAAAAUGUCAAAGCUAAUUUAUCUUACAUGCCUAACCUACGCCAAAUCGAUACACUGUUCCAAGCUUACUCUCCUUGGAUUUAUUUCCACCCUAAUGAAGCUUACCUCCCAUCGUCUGUCAGUUGGUUCUUUGUGAAUGGGGCACUACUGUACAAGAAGGGAGAAGAAUCCAAGCCAGUUCCUAUACAGGUAACGGGUUCAAACCUUCCCCAAGGCGGUGCAAAUGAUGGUAACUAUUGGUUAGAUCUUCCCAUAGACGAAGCAACCAAGGAAAGAGUAAAGAAAGGAGAUUUGCAAAACUCCCAAGUUUAUUUGCAUGUAAAACCUAUGUUGGGUGCAACCUAUUCAGACAUAGCGAUAUGGGUGUUUUACCCCUUCAAUGGAGCGGCAAAGGCUAAGGUAGAAUUCAUCAACAUUUCAUUAGGAAGGAUAGGUGAACAUGUUGGUGACUGGGAGCAUGUGACUUUAAGGGUCAGCAACUUUAAUGGAGAAUUACAUAGUAUUUAUUUCUCCGAACACAGUGGAGGUUCAUGGGUGAAUGCAUCAGAUCUUGAGUUCCAAGGUGGGAAUAAGCCUUGUACCUAUUCAUCGUUACAUGGCCAUGCCAUGUAUUCAAAACCUGGACUAGUCUUGCAAGGAAGUGGAGAGAUAGGAAUUAGAAAUGACACUGCCAAGAGUAAGAUUGUCAUGGAUACAGGCCUCCAAUUUUCAUUAGUUGCAGCUGAGUAUUUGGGUUCCACGACCAUUGUUGAGCCGCCAUGGCUCAACUAUUUCAGGGAAUGGGGUCCGAAGAUUAGUUACAACUUGGCAGAUGAGAUCAAGAAGGUGGAAAAAGUAUUGCCUGGAAAGCUUAAAACUGCUUUUGAGAAAUUUAUUAAUGGCCUUCCAGAUGAAGUGCUAGGGCAAGAAGGGCCAACAGGUCCUAAGGUGAAAAGGAACUGGAACGGAGACGAGGUUUAGAAUGUUGCUUUGAAUUAUAGCAGCUUUGUUAUGAAAUUAUUGUACAAGGCUAAGGAAAUUUAAAAACUUCCUAUGUUCAUCCCAAUACAAUAUCAUUAAUGCCAAUGUAAAAUUGUUACUUUUAUUCCUAUAAAAUAAACAUCAAACAAACAGCAAGACAUUUGACAAUA